AUGGCAAAACACGUCGUCUUCGACAUUGUCGGUACCCUCGCCUGCUUCGACGCCUACCACCAACGUAUUGACGAAGUCAUCGGCGACAAGCUCCGCUCGCAAAGCAUCACGCCGCAAUUCUUCGGAUACACCUGGAUGACCCACGCCGAAUUGGAAUUCACCUUUCUCUCGAUCAGCGGUCGACACACGUCCUACAAAGAUGUCAUGAAGGCGAUGUUCUUCCGCAUCUUGUGGUUCGCUGGUGUCAAAGACCCGCGAGGCUUCGCUACUGAGGACGAGAGAGAUCGCUGCCAGGAAGGAUACGCGCUGCUGGGACUGCGAGAGGGUGCGAAGGAAUGUAUCGAGAUAUUGCGGUCGAACGGAUUCAAUGUCUGGUGUCUGACCACAGCGGACAUUCCGAGAGUUCAAGGCUACUUCCAGCGAGGCGGUGUUGAUAUGCCGGCGGAAAGCAUAUUGAGCUGCGACAGUCAAGGCGUUGCGAAGCCCGCGCUUGCUGCGUACAAGCCGACGUUCGACAAGUUUGGCAGAGACGACAAGAAGUACUUUGCGGCCGCACACAUGUGGGACGUCUCUGCAGCUCGACUUGUUGGAUUCAAGGGUGCAUACUGCUCGGCAUACGAGAAGGACGACUGCCUGGAGAUCUUCGGUGGCGAGAUGGAGGUCAUGGGUGAUACUUUGGUGGAGAUGGCGCAGAAGCUGGUGAAGCACGCGGAGUAG